AUGUUCGACAUAAUUCAAUGGAACGUAAAUGGAUUUCUGCCACGAAUCGACUCUAUCAAGAUACUUACUAAUGAAUUGAACCCCUCAGUACUUUGCGUCCAAGAAACGAACUUCAAGAAUGAAAGCAAGAUAGACCUAAGAAACUACACACUCUUCCACAAGAACAGAACGCAAUGCUCCCACGCAAGUGGAGGAGUAGCUAUCUACGUUAAGAAUAAAUUCCACUGUGAAGAAAUCCCGAUCGCCACUAACCUUGAAGCUGUAGCAGUUAAAGCCUAUCUACCUCGCAAAAUCCACAUAGUUAAUGUAUACUUACCGAAUUCACAGAAUUUUACCAUGGACGACCUGCUGAACCUUAUAUCACAAAUUCCCAAACCCUUCAUAAUAGGCGGAGAUUUCAACAGCCACAACCCGCUAUGGGGCUCUGAACGUAUCAACUCUAGAGGAAAGAUCAUUGAAAGGUUCCUUGAACACAGCAACCUAAUUCUACUCAACGCGAAAGUAAACACCCAUUACAAUUUAGCUUCAAACUCCUACUCAGCUAUCGAUCUUACCUUCUGCAGCGAUGACAUUUUUCAUCUAACCAAUUGGCAGGUUUUGGACACAGCAUGGGAUAGCGACCACUUCCCAAUCAAUAUCCAUAUAGACAACCCAAACUCGACUCAACCAACGAACUACAACCAACCAAAAUGGAAUCUUAAAAAAACUAACUGGAAACUAUAUAGAGAAGAAAUACAAAAUAGAACACUCAACUACCGCACACUCGAUGAAGAGCCUGACAUUAACGACCAUCUUGAAAAGUUUAUCCAAAUUAUAACCGAAUCUACAGAUGCAACUACUCCUAAAAUUCCCCAUAAAGUCUGGAACAGGAAAGUCCCGUGGUGGAACGAUAAAUGCAGCUCCUCGAGAAGAGAUUUCAGACAUGCACUAAACAUAUUUAAAAAGAACCCCACUAUAGAAAACAAAAUAAACCUCAAGAAACUCAGAGCUAUUUUCCGAAAAACAAUCAAACUCAGCAGAAGAAAAUCUUGGAUCAACUACGUCUCCAAUAUAAACACAAAAUCAGACCCUAAAUUGGCGUGGUCAAAAAUCCAAAAAAUAAAUGGGAACUACAGACGAACGGAUAUAACAACAAUAACAACAACUAAUAAUAACUUAGAAACAAAUCCAAAAGACAUAGCAAAUUGCUUAGCAACAAAUUUUGCCAAGAACUCGAGUGAUGACAACUACAGCCCUGAAUUCAGAAAAAUAAAGGCUGGUGUCAAAGAACUGACGCUCCAGGACAUCCCACCCCCCUCGAAAUCGCCUAUCGAAGAUCCAUUUAUUCUACCUGAACUCAUUUCAGCUCUAAAGUCUGUAAAAAUGUCUAGUCCAGGACCUGAUGGUAUUCCCAAUCUACUACUAAAACACCUCCCGCCAUCGGGCACACUUGCUCUGCUCAAUCUAUUUAACCGCAUUUGGACUCAGAGGACUUUCCCAACUGCAUGGAGACUGGCCACUGUAAUUCCAAUAUUAAAGCCAAACAAAAACAAGCUGGAUUGUUCCUCAUACAGGCCAAUUGCUCUAACCAACAACCUAUGCAAACUCCUCGAAAAAAUGGUCAAUAAUAGACUAGUUUGGAGCCUGGAAUCACGGAACCUACUUUCUAACUCACAGUUUGGAUUCAGAAAGUCCCGUUCCGCAAUGGACCAUCUAACCGUCCUUCACUCAUCCAUUUGUAAUGCUUUCGCCAACAACAAACACCUAACGGCCAUCAGUCUCGAUAUUGAAAAAGCUUAUGAUAUGGUAUGGAGAACGCGAAUCCUCCAUAUCCUUCAAAAACGUAAAAUUGGGAAUAACACAAUAGCUUUUAUCCUUAAUCUACUUACAGACAGACACAUUCAAGUUAGAGUACAAAACUCAAUGUCCGACCUAACAUAUAUACAAAAUGGAGUCCCACAAGGCUCCGUCAUUAGUGUCACUCUAUUUCUUGUAGCCAUCGACGAAAUUGUAACCUAUCUAACCCCACCGAUCAAGGGCUGCCUAUUUGCAGAUGAUUUUACCUUCUUUUGCUACGGCAAAAAUACAGCCACCACCCAAAAACUCCUCCAAACAACCCUUGAUAACCUCAGUUCAUGGGCCGCACACUCUGGCUUCCUCUUUUCCAAGUCAAAAUCCAAGCAGAUUACCUUCUGGAAAGGCAGAAAAAAGCUUCCUGAUAUAAAUCUUACUCUUGACUCAAAUACCAUCUCCUCAGUAGACAACAUGAAAAUACUUGGCAUCACAUUUGACAAAAAACUCACCUGGGCACAACAUGUAAAAAAUCUGAAAAAUAGUUGCCUCAAAAGAUCCAAUAUUUUGAAAAGCCUGGCAUGUAAGAGCUGGGGAGCCGAUAGAGACUCCCUAAUAACCACAUAUAAAGCAUUAGUGAGAUCGAAAAUAGACUAUGGAUCGACGAUAUACGGCUCAGCAAAUAAAAGUAUCCUAAACAUAUUAAACUCCAUCCAAUCCUCUUGCCUACGAAUUAUCUCGGGUGCCUUUAGAACCACUCCUACAUCCAGCCUACAAAGCGAGCUAAACGAGCCCCCAUUGCAUAUUAGACGCAAACUGCUGGAUGUAACAUACGCUCUCACAGUCUUAUCCACCCCAAAUAACCCCACCAGCAAAUAUGUUUUACCAAAGAACCGCUCAAACAACACCAAUAAGAAGAAACACUGCCCCAAGCCCAUAUCAUCAAGAAUACAGAAGACUCUACACGAACUAAACAUGACCCUCCCAAAUGUCGAAAACCGCAACCCGUUCCCCUACCCCCCUUGGAUUUCCAUUAACACACCCACUCUAUCACUCUUCGAAAAAUACAAGAAAAAAGACACUAAUAGCGAAACACUCAACACCAUACUCCACGACUAUAUUAACCAAAACAACUCUAUUCCCGUCUAUACGGACGGAGCCAAAACAAAUACCUCUUGUGGCUGUGCAUUUGUUACAGAAAACAAUGUUUUCACCAAAAGACUACCGAGCAGUUUCUCCCCGUUAUCCUGUGAAACCCAAGCAAUACUACAUGCCUUAACCUACAUCCUUGAAUCAGAUAAAGACAGAUUUACCAUAUUCACUGACUCCGAAGCCGCGAUCGAAAAUAUCAGCAAAUGGUCACAAUAUUACACCAUCCAAUCUAUACAAAAAAUGAUCAUAGAAAUACAAAACAAGGAGAAGUAUUUUAAACUAAUAUGGAUCCCCAGCCAUUCCGGCCUUGUUGGAAAUGAAGCUGCCGAUAAAGCCGCUAAGGAAGCUUGCAAUAUACCGUACUGGGACGACAGAUGUAAAAUCAAUCUACCAGAUGUAAAAACUUUAGUGAAAAAAUUAAUCAUGAAUUUAUGGAACACCAACUGGAACACCGGCACCCCAACGAAACUACACAAGAUAAAAUCGAAUGUUCACGAAAUACCAAAAUACCCUCCGAUGUCUAGGAAAGAACAAGUUGCAAUCACCCGCAUUCGCACAGGCCACUCAAGAUAUACACACGGUUUUCUCAUAAGAAAAGACAACCCACCCGAAUGCAACCUAUGCAACACACAAAUAACUAUCCAACACAUUAUACUCGAAUGCCCAAAGUUCUCCCCGGAAAGAAACCGAUACUCCAUUAAGAGUGACUUGAAGACGAACCUAAAUGAAGCAAAUAACAUCGGAAACGUCCUUCUCUUCUUCAAAGACAUCAAUCUACUCGACGAACUGUAG